CAAUUCUUCGUGACGCGAAAGCAAACACGGGUUCUGAUUGGCUGACAUCACGUCUUGCCCCUCCCCCGCGCCGACAUUUGAAAAACGGCUUUGUGAAGAAGAAGAAGAAGAAGAAGAGUUACCUACGAAGAGAAACACCUAACCAGAAGACAUGGCUCCCAGGAAAAGGACCACCAAACAACGGAAGAACAACCCCAAAACAGCCAAGCUGGAAGCCUUUCUGGAGGACUUCGACAGCGAAGUGAAGACCCGAGUUGGACAAAUGAAAGAGAAGAUCAACCAGCUGCUGAAAGAUGUUGAUAACAGCUACAACAUGGCACUGAUUAAGCUCCCCAAGGCCGUCAGGCAAAUGGGCUGGUUGGAACAUUUCAUGUCUGAGAAACCAAAGUCACCAGCUGUGGAUAAUAUAAAGAGAGAAGAGGAAGCUGCUAUUGUUGAAAGCGUUGUGGCUGAAGACCACGCAGUCCUUCUGAAAUCAGUCAAGAAAACAUCAAAGAAAAAAGGUGGAGCCAAAUCCACUUCAGAUGAUGAAAACACCCCAAGCACAACUAGGAAGGGGAAAGCAACAAGGAAACCUCCAACUACAUCAAAGAGAGCAAAGGCGCUGACAGUCAGCAAGCAGAACACCUCCAUCAGACGAUCGAACAGGAAGCCAAUGGUCACUCCUGCCAGGAGUAUGAUGGAUACUUCUUUGAUGAUGGGCCCCACUCCCCUCGUCACCCCGCGCUUCGACCCAAGGCUCCCCAAGACCCCCGCUGUGAGGAUUCCCCGCCACAAAGAGAGGGUUUAUAGCAUUUCAGUCAACGGCUCUCCCAUUGCAGCAGGAAAUGAGGACGUUGUCAUCAACGUCCCCAUCGGCAACGGAGAGAGCAUUCAGCUUUUGGCCAGUCAGUUGGACUCAGUGGACCUGUCUCUGCUGGAUGAAACCGCUCUGUCGAGCAUUCGGCUGCUGCAGAAUCGACUUACAACCCUGUGCAGAUCAGUGGAGUGACCCAACCAUCUGCUGAACACUGUACAUAACUUUUAAGACAUUUUAUCUUUAUUUCAAAGCUUUGUGGUAUCCUGUUUUUUUGGAUUUUAGCAUGAUGAUUAUGUUUUGGUAGAAUUUACUGGACAGGUUUCCUCUUUUGGACAAAUCUAUCUCUACCAAGCUGUACCUUUGCAUGUUGACCACUAGGUGGCAGCAUUUCACCAUAGAAGUUUGUUUGUCAGGCGUAGUCAGAGCAGCUUCUUCUUUCUUCAAUUGUAACCUGUCCUCAGUAUUAAAAGCUGUGGUCACAACACCAACAAUUGAAGU